AUGGCCUUCCAGCACCUCGCGACGUCGCUGGCGCUGCUUUCUCUGUGCGUGCGCGCCUCGGACUGGCGCGGGAUCUCUCCCGAGCUGCAGCAGAAGCUCAGCGCCGUCUCCAGCUUCACGUGCGACAACGGGCAGCAGCGCCUGGAGCUCUCGCGCAUUAAUGACAAUUAUUGCGACUGCGCGGACGGCAGCGACGAGCCCGGCACGUCGGCCUGCUCGCACACGGCCGCGGUGUUCCACUGCGCCAACGCGGGCUUCUUCGCCGCGGACGUGCCGACGUCACGCGUGAACGACGGCGUCUGCGACUGCUGCGACGGCUCGGACGAGUACGCGAGCGGCGCGGGCUGCGCGUCGGACUGCGCGGCUCGCAUGCAGAGCUUCAAGGCCGACAAGAAGGACCUGAUCGAGCAGGUGGAGGCCGGGCUCAAGGACCGCGUGGCGCUGGCCGCGGAGGCGCAGAAGCUCUGGGACGAGCAGCAGCAGAAGAAGGCGGAGGUCGAGGCCUCGGCCGCGUCGCUGCGCGUGAUGGCGGAGCAGUUGGAGGCCCGCAAGGGGGAGGAGGAGAGGCUGGAGCAGGAGGAGAAGCAGAGCCGCGUGCAGGCCAGCAAGCAGGAGAUCUUGAGUCAGUUGGGGCUGCUGGGGCUGUCGAAGGAGCAAUUAGCGUCCAUUAUCCUCGAGAUCGGACGCAACGGCGUCUCGGCCAAGCACGAGCUGAUCCCGAUCAUCCGCAAGGAGCGGGGGGCGGCUCGUGAAGGGGACGAGGAUCUGCCCAAGACGCCGAUGGAGGAGCAGGAUGAGGCUUUUAAGGUCAGGGACGAGGAGAGGCAGAAGGAGACGCGCCGCAUUGAGAAGCUCAUUGAAGAGCGGAAGGAGAGAGAGGAGAAGAAGGCGCAGGAGGCGAAGGAGGCGCUGGAGAAGGCUGCGGCCGAGGCGGCUGAAGGAGAGGAGGAGGAUCUGACGCUGCCGGAGGUGGAGACGCGUCCUAUUGACAAGCUCUACGAGGAGCUGGCGGCUAGCGAGCGCUACGAGCGAAGCCAAGCGCUGGUGACGCGUAAGCAGCACGAGGACACGAAGAAGGAGCUGGAGGAGAAGGAGAAAGAGCUGUCCGAGGUCCAGAAGGUGCUGGAGAAGGACUACGGCGUCGACCACGUCUACUUCGCCCUGCGUGAAAAGUGUGUGGAAUCGAACGCGGGCCAGUACAAGUACAAGAUCUGCUUCUUCGGCAAGGCGACUCAGGACCACACCAAGUUGGGCGACAUGGAGGAGUUUGAGAAGCUCAAUGCGUCCGAUGACGAGGGCUCUGUUGAUGGUGCUUCGGCCUCAGUCGAUACCGCUGUUGAGGAGAUCAAGUUCUCGAAUGGACAGAAGUGCUGGAACGGCCCGAACCGAUCCAUGACGGUGAAGCUCGAGUGUGGCCCUGAGCCGAUGGAGCUCUUCAACAUUGAAGAGCCCAGCACCUGCGUGUACUCUGCAAAGCUGCGUGCGCCUGCGGUAUGCAGCGAGGAGCAUCGCGAGCGGAUCAUGCAGUUCGACUCGGCCAAGGUCACUCCUCACCACAUCGAAAUUGAGGUCCCGGCCACGCCGUGA